AUGUCAUCUGAUUCAGUCCGUUUUAUUAACCGGAAUGACGAAAAUGUUCCGUUCAGGCAGGAGAAGGUCCGUAAGACGUUUUUGGAAGCCUCCAAGGGCCUUUCGGAGGAGUUCAUCGAUAUCGAUGCGCUCGUCGAGACCGUAUGCCGCGGCUUAACUGCUUCCAUCACUUAUUCCCAUCUUGAAGAACUCAUGGCUCAAUCGGCUGCAUAUAUGGUGACCAAACAUCCAGAUUAUGGAAUCUUAGGCGGUCGUCUAAGCGUCAUGGCACUCCACAAGAGCACUAACCCUUCGGUGUUGGAGACUUUUCGAAUUAUGCGGAACCACACCUCGUUCCAAACCAAGCGUCCAGCCCCCCUCAUCUCUGAGGAGGUUUGGGAAAUCGUCCAGAAGCACGAAAAGGAACUUCAGGAAAUGAUUGAUUACAGUCGCGACAUGAACUACGAGUACUUUGGCUUCAAGACCCUUGAGCGGUCGUAUCUAUUAAGAAUCGAGGUGGGGCGGGCCCAGAUGCGUAUUGUGGAGCGCCCCCAGCAUAUGAUCCUGCGUGUUGCACUAGGGAUUCAUUUUGACAAUCUUGAGAAAGUGGCUCGGACGUAUGAUUUAAUGUCAAGGGGAUUCUUCACUCACGCUACACCAACACUCUUCAACUCCGGGACGCCACGGCCACAAAUGAGCUCGUGUUUUCUCGUAGCUAUGAAAGAGGAUAGCAUUGAGGGCAUCUACGAUACACUGAAGGAGACCGCCGUGAUCAGCAAAUCGGCUGGUGGGAUUGGGCUACAUGUCCAUAACAUCCGCUCGUCUGGAAGCUAUAUUGCCGGUACGAAUGGUACCUCCAAUGGUCUCGUGCCUAUGCUGCGUGUUUUCAACAACACCGCCCGCUACGUCGAUCAGGGUGGCGGCAAGCGCAAGGGCGCCUUUGCGAUAUACCUGGAGCCAUGGCAUGCUGACAUUUUCGAGUUUGUGAUGCUGAAGCGUAACACGGGUAAGGAGGAUCAACGUGCGCGCGAUCUCUUCUACGGCCUUUGGAUUCCUGAUCUCUUUAUGGAGCGUGUAAAGAAUCAGAAAACUUGGACGCUAAUGGAUCCCUGCACGUGCCCGGGACUCAGCGACUGCUAUGGGAAAGAUUUUGAACGCUUGUACGAAAGUUACGAAGAAAAAAAUAUGGGGGUACGCACGAUCCAAGCACAGGAAUUGUGGUUUGCCAUUUUAGAGACUCAGAUCGAAACGGGUGUUCCGUUCAUGCUCUACAAGGAUGCGUGUAACAAAAAGUCGAACCAGAAACAUAUUGGCACGAUUAAAUGCUCCAACUUAUGCACUGAGAUUAUUGAGUACACGUCCCCUAACGAAACAGCGGUGUGCAACUUGGCGUCUGUCGCCCUGCCGCGAUUUGUAAACGUGAAGGAGCAGACCUUUAAUCACGAACUUCUCUACGAAGUAACGAAAGAAGUAACCUACAACCUGAACCGCGUGAUCGAUAAUUCCUACUAUCCGGUAGAGACUGCAAGGAGAAGUAACGUAAAUUAUCGCCCAAUUGGAAUAGGUGUCCAAGGUCUCGCAGAUACUUUUAUUCUCCUACGCCAGCCGUUCACAUGUGAAAAAUCAAUGAUUCUCAAUGAAGAAAUCUUUGAGACCAUCUAUUAUGCCGCGGUUGAGGCUUCGGUAGAUCUUGCUGAGAAGGAAGGGGCGUACACCGACUUCAGCAAAAGUCCCGCUGCCCAGGGUAUACUGCAGUUCGACUUAUGGGAGAAAAAGCCCAAGAGCAACCGAUGGAAUUGGGAUGCUCUUAAGGAGCGCGUCAAAUCUUCAGGCAUGCGCAACUCUUUACUGUUGGCGCCCAUGCCGACCGCGUCAACAUCGCAAAUCUUGGGCAACAAUGAGUGUUUUGAGCCCUUUACAUCAAAUAUUUACCUGCGUCGUGUUCUAAGCGGAGAGUUUCCUGUUGUGAACAAAUACCUGGUGCGUGAUCUGAUCGAGCGCGGGAUGUGGAAUGACACUAUUCGCAAUGAGAUUAUUACUUUCAACGGCUCUAUUCAAUCCGUCAAAGAAAUUCCGAAGGACCUCAAGGAGCUCUACAGGACCGUCUGGGAGAUUUCGCAGCGGCGGAUAAUCGAAAUGGCUGUUGACCGCGGAAAGUACAUCGACCAGUCCCAGUCUCUAAACCUCUUCAUGGAGAGUCCUUCCUCUGGCCGCAUAACGUCCAUGCACUUUUUCUGCUGGGAACAGGGCCUCAAGACGGGCAUGUACUACCUUCGCACACGCCCAGCCGCUGACGCUAUCAAAUUCACGGUCGAUGCUAAGCGCAUGAAGCAAGUUAAAGAUGAGCAGCUGUCCGCAUUUAACUCAUCCCCCAAUCAAGGCUUGUCUUCUUCGGAGUCUGAGGAAUGUUUGAAUUGUGGGUCGUAG